AUCGGGAUGGUGACCCCCUGUCCCUCCAGUCCCGCUGCGGGUACCGGGAGAAGGAACGAUGACCAGAACCUCCGUGCCCCGGUGAAGAAGAGCAGGGCCCUCCCUCGACUGCGGAGGAAGGAGCCGCUGCGGCCCUUGAACCCGUGCCCACUACCCGGGGACUCCGGCGUCUGUGACCUGUUCGAAUCCCCCAGCUCCGGCUCCAGCUCCGACAGUCCCACCGCGUCGGCUGCAGCCCGGGAGCACUGCAACCCCCUGGCCGGCCUGGCCCAGCCGCUGACGCCCCUGGACCUGCAGACUUUCCGCGAGUACGGACAGAGCUGCUACGCCUUCCGCAGGGCGCAGGAGAACCACUUCCACCCGCGCGAGUCGCUGGCCAGACAGCCGCAAGUGACCGCGGAAUCCCGCUGCAAGCUGCUCAGCUGGCUGAUCCCGGUGCACCGCCAGUUCGGCCUGUCCUUCGAGUCGCUGUGCCUGACCGUGAACACUCUCGACCGCUUCCUCUCCACCACGCCCGUGGCUGCAGACUGCUUCCAGUUGCUCGGAGUCACCUGUCUGCUCAUCGCUUGCAAACAGGUGGAGGCGCACCUGCCGCGGGUGAAACAGCUCCUGGCGCUGUGCUGCGGCGCCUUCUCCCGGCAGCAGCUGUACAACCUGGAGUGCAUCGUGCUGCACCGGCUGCGCUUCGACCUGGGCGCGCCCACCAUCAGCUUCUUCCUGGAGCACUUCACGCACACGCGCGUGGAGGCCGGCCAGGCGGAGCUCUCCGAGGCCCUGGAAGCCCAGAGCCUGGCCCGCGGGGUGGCCGAGUUGAGCCUGGCCGACUACGCCUUCACCAGCUACACGCCCUCGCUGCUGGCCAUCUGCUGCCUGGCGCUGGCCGACCGCAUGCUGCGGCUCCCUCGCGGGGUGGACCUGCGCAUGGGCGAGCACCCCGAGGCUACCCUCAAAGACUGCCUGGGCAAGCUGCAGCUGCUGGUGACCAUCAACAACGCCUCCCUGACGCACAUGCUGCCAGCCCAGAUCUUAGGCAAGUGCAGCCUGCCACCGAGCUGGAAAUAAAGGACGGGCCUUCGGGUUCCUUCUGUGCCCUGGGCACCCUCCCUCCCCCCACCCCUUUCCCACUGUGUGGGGACCGUGCGGUGUGUGGAUCCAAAUAGCAGAGCAAGAGCUGGGAUUUCUGCUUGCCGUCCUGCCGGCUGUAAAGAAUGUCCAAUAACAGAGUCUAGUAGUUUAUUUUGCUGCGAGUGCAUAAGGGAGCUGCCCCCCAACACGCACACACCCCAAAGCUCGUCUUGGUUGGUCUGAGUGUGACUUUUGCAGUGCAGUGUAGUGUCUCUGCCCCGUGACAGGUGAGGUCAAUUGGUGGAUCAGGGCUGUUGGCAAUUUCUUUUUCUUUCUUUUCUUCAAGGUAGGAAGGGUCUCUCUCUAGCUCAGGCCGACCUGGAAUUCACUAUGUAGUCUCAGGGUGGCAUGGGGAUGAUCCUCCUGCCUCUGCCUCCCAGAGCGCUGGGAUGAAAGGCGUGUGCCACCACGCCGGGCCCUGCAGUUGGCAAUUCCAUGGGUUCCUCCCUCCCCGCAACUUCGCUCCGAAACAACCUGGUGAGUUCAAGAUGCAUAGUUCAGUAGUCGGAGGAGCUCGGGGUGACUUGCCUUUGAACCCUGGCAUGUCAACCUGCAGGCUGAAGACCCGAGGGGCACGGGGCAGAGGGACGUCCACAGUAGUCUCUGCCAUGCAGAGGGCAUGGUCAUGCUCAUUGGUGUCCUGGGGCUGGAAGCUCUGGGGACUAGGUGGGCACACUGUUAGAGGGUAAAGCAAGAGAUACUGCCUUACAGGGAACCUGCGGGCGGGGGCAGCCAGCAGAUGUUGGACAGGACAGCGUCGCAGCCGGUUAGGGCCCAUUUCCUCGGUAGUCACCUGGGUAGUUCCGAUCGACCCUGCUGCUUGUGAACCCAGGGUAACAAAGACUGCAGCGUGCCAGGUACUGUAUUUAACAUCCUUUUCUUCCAACAAUGGUACAACAAGCAGGCCAUUGUCCCCCCCUUUUUUUUUUCAGAGGAUGACACACUGGGGUUCAUAGGACUUGAGGGCAGUCUUAACCCUUAGCCACGUUGCUAAGUUUCUCCCAUGGAGGGUCUUUAGAAAAGUUUCCAAAACUCUCUUCCUGCGAUAGGUGCCCCGUCCCAUUCUGCACCUUCCCGUAUGUAUUCAGCAGGGGCCUUGCUUCCAGCCGGGCUCCAGGAGGACUCGGUUGACAGAUAAGGCGACUGGGCUGAGAAGUCAGAGGGUUUCUGGCUUCCUGUGGCUCCACGGGUGUCACCUGCGAAGUUUAAGUAACAUUAAGCUUCACUUGGUGGAGGAAGCACAGAGUAGGGCUUGGAACCAGUUUGCCUGGAGCUCUUGGGCAAGUCGAUGCCUGUAUUGCACCGGAAUAACGGCGCCUAUGUGAGAAAGCGGGUGUGUGGCUCUGAAGAGAUGCUUCACAGAAACGCCUCACAAGGGGUCUGGACAGUGCGGACCAUGGACAAAUAAAGGCCAGUGGUAGGCUACACAAUGGAGCCACCCACAGUGACGCAGAAAACACUCGAAGCAAGAAAUAAAGUAGGGGAAAUGGUUGACAAUCAGGGGUAAAGAUAUAUGGUCCAUUAUGGUUUUAUUUUUCAAAAUAAAAAAAUUGUAUGAUUGUGUGUAAGUGGGGGGAACUCCCAGUCUGUGCUGUUACAUUUAGAAUA